AUGUGUUAUGUAGAAUGGAGACGAUUAGAAGAAAAUCUCAGAGAUAAUACAACUAUCAAUUUUCUACUAAAUGAUAAUAUAAAGACAGAAGUGGAAAGAUGGAGGCAAAUACUUCGUAGAGUAUUAGAUUUUAUCUUGUUUUUGGGUGAAAGAGGUCUUGCAUUUAGAGGCGAUAGUCAUCUAACUGGUGACCCCAAAAAUAGGAAUUUUUUGGGAAUUAUGGAACUCAUUGGUCAUUACGAUUCCAUUCUACAUGAUCAUCUCGAAAAAGUAAAAGCUUCUCAACAGAGCCAUAAGCGAAUGCAAGCACAUUAUUUGUCAAAUGAUAUCCAGAAUGAGUUUAUUCAGUGCUGUGCAGAUAAAGUCACAGAUGUGAUAUUAGAUGAGAGGGAGAAAUGCAAAUAUUUUUCAAUGAUUGUGGAUGCAACGCCUGAUACAGCUCAUACUGAGCAAAAUGUUUUUAUUUUAAGAUACGUCUUACAGGACAAAUUGACAGGAAAAUAUGAGGUAAAAGAGAGAUUUCUGGAAUUUGUAGAUUGCAAUAAAAAAACUAGUGAAGAUAUUGCAAAUAUAAUUACUCUUCAGAAACAUAAAAUACCACUGAUGUGCUGUCGUGGACAAGGAUACGACAAUGGGAGUAAUAUGAAAGGUUUAGUCAAGGGAGCACAAGCUCGAAUUCUUCAACAUUAUUCACUUGCUACUUACUCUCCCUGUGCUUGUCAUAGUCUGAAUUUAUGCGGUGCACAAGCUGCUGAAUGUUGUCCUCAAGUGAUAACUUUCUUUGGGAUAAUGCAAAAACUGUAUAACAUAUUUAGUAGCAGUCCUCAAAGAUGGGAAAUUUAA